AUGGGUGACGUCAGUUAUGAUAAUCCAGCGUACGACUGGCCCGACACACCUGGCCAUCCGUGUCCGCCGCUAGAAAUCGCCCGCACCAAGUGUUUGGCACCCAAUGACUGUUUAUAUCCCAAUCCCAGUGAUUGCGGUCGUUUCAUACGGUGUACCGACGCCUCCAUCGCCUACGACACCGCCUGUCCAGAAGGUCUGCACUUUAGUCCGAGCGCUAAGACUUGCGAACCGCCAGAAGUGGCCGGUUGUGUC